AUGCAACAGGGGGCGUCGUUAGUAGACCCAGCCAUGGCAGGCUCAGGCAGCAGUUCACCACGGGGCAAGCAUCUGUUCAAAGUCGUCCUGAUGUUCCUAGCGGCCGUCGUCCUCCUCCACUCAGCAUCAUCUCAGUCCCAUCGAGACUUCGUGCCACCAGGCCAGCAGAAGAGGGAGGCCCCAGUUGAUCUCCUGAGCCAGAUAGGUCGAUCUGUGCGGGGAACCUUGGAUGCCUGGAUUGGUCCAGAAACCACACACCUAGUUUCUGAGACCUUGGCUCAGGUGAUGUGGGUGGUCUCAUCGGCCAUCUCUGUGGCCUUCCUCACUCUGUCUGGGGUUGCCGCACAGCUGCUGAACGCCUUGGGGCUAGAAGGAGAUCACCUCACCCAGGGCCUGAAGCUCAGCCCCAGCCAAGUCCAGACCUUCCUGCUGUGGGGAGCGGGGGCCCUGGUUGCCUAUUGGCUGCUGUCCCUGCUCCUUGGCUUGGUCUUGGCCUUGCUGGGGCGGAUCCUGUGGGGCCUGAAGCUUGCCCUCUUCCUGGCCGCCUUUGUGGCCCUGGUGAGGUCAGUGCCCGACCCUUCCACCCGGGCCUUGCUCCUCCUGUCCUUGCUGACGCUCUACGCCCUGCUGAGCCGGCUCACUGGCACCCGGGCCUCCGGGGCCCAGCUGGAGGCCAAGGUGCGGGGGCUGGAGCGCCAGGUGGAGGAGCUGCGCUGGCGGCAGAGGCGAGCGGCCAAGGGGCCCCGGAGCGUGGAGGAGGAGUGA